AGUAAGAAACAGUUGCGAAAUCGUGGGGUUGUUUUGUAUGGCUGGGACGGCGGACGGGCGCUCCCGUCCUGGUCCGUGAACCAGAAAAGUCCAACUUCCGCUGAGCCACGGAUCAGAUAAGGAUUGAAAAGCUGAGCCGCGGCGGCGAUACUUCCGGCCACCCGGGGACAAGGAUAAUGGAGGAUGUGGGUAUGGAGUUUCUUCUCGACGCCGUCGACAGCGACCCGAAGACUCAAAUGCUGGGUCUGCAUGCGGUCAGCGGCUCGGGGAAGAGGGACCUGAGAAAGCACGAGACAGAGUCUGCCGGCGUCGGAAAUCAUCACCGACUAGGUCGGCGCAGUCCACAUACAGAGUCAACCCCCAGGCCCCAGGAUGGACGAAAAGCUGAGGUAGUGGACAUAGCCGAAGAAAUUGAACCACCAUGGUCUCCGUGGACAGGUUGGACUGAACCUGCUGAUGGUUGGGAGACGGAGCUAUCUAGCCUGCUUGGUUGCGCUGGUGCACAUGGUGCCGGACGACUUGCUGCUGAGCACGGGCUAUCUGCUGAGUGCUCAUCCUCCUCAGAUAUGAGCGAUGAAAGUUGAAGAAGCGACACAGCCGAGCCUGCGGAAAAAUGCAGACCUAUAGACUGAAACUCAAUAUCACGCUUGAAGCCUGCAAGAUGCAAGAACUAUGGUGUUGAGGGUCACCGCCGCAACAGCUGCACCAUGCCUCACCUCUGGGUGUUAUUGCAUCUUGACUAGAAUUGCAUUUUCAGUAUGGUUCAGUUUGAGAAUUUUCUAGUGCGCGUUGCCCACUUGUUCAUCUCGGUUGUACGAUGGCUUUGUGUUCAUCAGUUGCUGCGUUCAUUAGUUAUGUUUGUGAACAGUUAACUGUGUUUUUGCAUGUAGUCGACUAGUCGAGGACUGCCUAGCAUGUGAUGUCUGUCAAGUCUGUGUGUUCCUGAUUGUAAAAACUCCUCCUAGUUUGUGUCCUGGGUCACUCGAUGAUGAGAGUUUUUGCUGUAUGUGUCAUCAGAUGUCUGUCUGUCCAAACUGAAUCUGUAUUCUCUUCCCCUGUUCGGUGUAUGGUGAACAAAUAAAGUCAUGGCAAAAUGAAGG